AUGAGGCUACUCAAUGCAAAUACCUUCCAGCUGGAACAAUUCUACGAUAAUGACAUUCCCCCUUAUGCAAUCCUCUCUCACACAUGGACCAAAGAUGAAGUCACCUUUCAAGAGUUCUCAACUCUCUCCUGGGACGACCCCAGGCUCGAAAAGACAGUUGGCUGCUGUAAGCAAGCCCUCCAGGAUGACCUUACGUAUGUGUGGGUCGACACAUUUUGCAUCGACAAGGCCAGCAGCGCUGAGCUAUCCGAAGCCAUCAACUCCAUGUACAAGUGGUAUGGUGACUCCACCGUCUGUUACGCCUACCUCAGCGACGUCCAUCCGGGUAACGAUGACGAUUCUUUCAGUGAGAGCCGCUGGUUCACGCGGGGAUGGACUUUACAAGAACUCCUGGCGCCUGGAUAUAUCAGGUUCUUUGAUUCCUCGUGGAUAAGCAUUGGUCAGAAGUACGCCUGGAAGAAGCCGUCCAAAGACUUCGGACCGCCUGUCCUUCGAGAGAAGCCAGGGCCCGAUGAUGACCUGUCUCAAAAGCUCUCAAAUAUCACCAGCAUAUCGGUCGCUGCCCUCCGGCAUGAGGUGGAUGUGGGUAGCGUCAGCGUGGCUGAGAAGAUGUCGUGGGCCGCUGAGCGUGAGACUACGCGCUCCGAGGACAUAGCAUACUCUUUGCUUGGCAUCUUUGGUAUCAACAUGCCUCUUCUGUAUGGCGAAGGGGGCAAGCGUGCAUUCAUUCGGCUGCAGGAGGAAAUUAUCAGUCAGACCUAUGACCACACUAUCUUCUCAUGGGGCUUCGACAGGGGACCGACGCAUGGUGGAAUUUUCGCCACCUCCCCCUUAGACUUUGCCGGGGGCGGCAAUAUCGUGCCUAUAAGCAUUGGGCAUAAGUCUCACUACACAGUGACAAAUCUUGGAGUCCAGAUUCGGCUCCCCGUCAUGACUGUCCAAAAUGGAGUUCAGUACGCCUUCUUUGAUGCCACAAGGGGACAGAGUCACGGGCUGGUCAUGUCCAUUCCGUUAUACUACGCAGAUGGCACUGGGGAUAAUGAGGACAUUCUUGUGCGAGACCCCUGCAGCAUGCCUGUCUUCAUGUCUGAUAAUUGGCUUCGCCAAGCCACGAUGAGACAACUAUACCUUUCUAAAAGCUCCUCAGUCGAAGUAGAGAGAAAUCGGCGCCAGUAUACCCUAUUCGUGGCUAAAGAACUGAAUGAGGCCGGCUAUCUACCUGCAGAACUGUACCCACAUGCGACUUUCUCAACCGUUGACCACACAACGAUAUAUUUCGGACCUUGGGCACCUGGAGAGGAGAGGUUGGCUCUUGUCACGUAUAAGAGUCGGAGUCCUUACCACCCUACAUUUAAAGUCAAAGUCAUCUACGACGAUGACCGCAGUAGUUGCCUUCUUAGUCUCGCCGAUGGCGGAUAUCCGCUUGUAGCCGACGUGGAACUGACAGCUAGUUACGAGGACUAUUGGACUUUGGGUAAUGAGUGGAGGGAAGUCGUCAACUUGGGUACUCUGGGCGAUGUAUCAGCUAAAAUGGAAAAGUUGUGGCCUGAAAGCAUCUAUUGCCAUCUGAGCUUAACUCCUUCAACAGAUUCAAUAUCUGAUGGAGGCGGAGUGGACUUGUGA